UUGUACGGGUUCUGGUUGUUUUGAUGAAUGGUACAAUCUCAUUGAAAACUUGUAUAUUUGAAUUUAUAUUGAAAUUGUGCGGUGUCUGUAGUUCAGUUAAUGUGUGAAUUGCAGAUUGCUUCUUAGAGAUAUGUCGACCCUUCCAAACUCACGAGCGUCACCGAUUUCUGACACAGCUUCAGAAACUGGGUUUGGAUCUCUUUCAGUUCGAGAUAAAGCCCUGAUUAAAAGAAAUAUUAGCCGCCACCACAAUAAUAAUUUAAGAGCUGGUUAUGUCCCAGUUCAUGAACAAUCCUUGCAUAAGACCGGACUGAGAGGACGCAAGACAUAUGCUUUCUGGACUCUGGUAAUGCUUUUGUUUUUCCUGGCAAUGGGAAAUCUGCUCCUGACAUUCAUCAUCCUUGGAGUUCUCCGCCUGGGACAAGGCAUGGAAAGUUUAGAACUCAUCCCAGACAAGAACACUGUAAUGUUUUAUGGCACAACAGAUUUGGAUAGAGUGUAUAAGAAAGAUGGCAGAUUGGAAGGUUUUGGCAACUGCCCUGUUGAGGUAACAGGCGAAAAUGGCUCGGUGCUCAUUAAUGUUGUAGGAAAUGCAGGUCAGGCGGAGCCUAGAAUUGCUGUCGGAUUGAAUGGUACACACAUAUCAAAUGUAGAGUCAUUCGAAGUAAAAGAUCCCAUCACCGGCCGCAAGUAUUUCUCGACUGGUUUUCCGAAUUUUGGUCUUCCACGAGGGGUGAAGCAUCUCGACAUAAAGAUGGCUCAGACAAGACGAGUAAAAAGUCCUGUAUCGGAAAGUCUCUAUGUGCGGGCGGACACCUACGCCUUUCUUCGGGGUAAUGAGGGCACUCACAUGGAUGGCAAGGAGAUUGUCUGGUCAGCAGACCAGGACAUUUUCUUGAAAAGUGUGAAUGGCAGUGUUAUCCUCAGUGGCAAGGAAGGGAUAUCAGUUGAUGUGAAGAAUAUACCUAUUGCUCAGACCAAUUUGAAUCCUGGCACAGCACAAUACAAAGUAUGUGUGUGUAUGCCAGGUGGAAAACUGUUUCGCGUCCCUGUGCCAUUUGGUGAAAGAGCUCAAGCAAGUUGUAGCCACAUAGCCACUGACCCUUGCAUAUGAGCUCCCUAGAUACCUAAACAAUACGUACAUGUGUACAACAACUUGCUAGUCAGUCAAGCUUUAGUCAGAUGUAUACUGUGAAACGUUUUAUUUAUUAGUUGGUAAGAAGUUUUUAUAAUAUCAGUAUGUGUUAUGGUUAUAUAUAUCCCAAUAUAACAGGUGUAUUACCAGCCUGACAGUUAGAUUGAUACCUCAAGUUUGAAUUUUUGUGCAAAGUGAAUCAACCAUUUAUAAAGUGUGUUUUCACAUAGUUAUUUUGAUGUAAUAUUAAGACAAAAGAAUUUCCGAAUACUAGAAAGUCUCAAAAUAGUUUCCUAAAAUUUUCUUAAUUUUAAUUUUAUUUCCAAAGAAUUAAGUUUAUGAUAAUUGCAUUUGCAAACACUACAUAUUUAGGUCACAACUUUACCAAUACACAUAAAAUUUUGUAUAAAAGCCACUGAGGUUAUUCAACUCAUACAAAGUACCACAUACCUAUUAUGUUUUUAAAUAGGAAAUUUUCAAUGUUUAGAAAUAUUAUUUUUGACAAGCAAUUUUAUUAAUAUUUGAACACUAUAUUUUCAUGGAUGGUGAAUUUGAGCACAAAUAUAUCUCUGAAGGUAAUAAUAGUGAAAUAAUAAAAAGUCAAGUUACUAUAUCAUAUUCACCAACAUGCUUAGGGAAAAUAAACAAAAAUUCUGAUUACAGUUAUAGUUAGUAUGUGAAAAUUGACUAAAGUAAAUUAAAUUUUUUUUUUAACAUUAACUUACAGAAAUUUGAAGUUACCAUACAGCAUUUUUUUCAUGUUAUAACCAAACUAUAAAAUGAUUGAAAUCAUUUUUCAAAAACUAAACAUAGAUAUAGCCCUUUCUAAAUGCAUGCAAAAACAUAAAACAUUAGUUUUUUCUAAAAUUUAUGUAUCAUGAACAUAUGAUUAUAAAAUUGCACUUAUUGCCACAAUACGGCAAAUGAAGUUUUACGAGUUGUGUACAGUGCUUUCAGUGAAACAAAUUAUUUGGCUUUCAGCUAGUUACCUCCCACUUCUAAAAUGCUUGUGUGAAGAAUCGUCUGGCUGGCUAAAGGCGGCUGUGGCAUGAAGUACUGAUCAUGUGAAGUUGUCACCAUGGUUUGUGAAACUUAUCUCUGGCGACUGGCUACCUGCAUUGCCUCUUGUCAAUUACUAGAACUGUACCUUAGUUGUAAUAGUUCAUACAAGUUUAACAAUUACAGUUCAAUGUUCUUGCUUAUAACACUCUUGGUAAACGUCAUCAUCACAAAUUGUGAGACGGUUUUACAGUGGCAGUUUUAAUGUGGCAGUGUGUCUUUAAAGACAAAUAAAAUAGAAGCUGGAAGCAUGGGUUGAACAUUAAAUUUGUGUACAUAGCUUGAUGAGUCCAUUGGUAAAAAGUUUAAACACUGACAACUGCUAAAUUGUUAUUUCCCAGUUUUUUCCUCCUGAAAAACAUAACACAGUCAUACCUUAAUGAUUAAGUUAAAAGCUACCAAAAUUUUUAACAUAUUAUUUUUCUAUUUUUUUUUAAAUAACUCCAUAUAUCUGCAAACACAAAAACCUACUUUGUAUUACAAUUAGACAUACCACUCUUAUCUGGGCACUUCCUUAUAUUUUUUUUUGACAUUUCUUGUCAUGUGCUAUUGCUAUAUACAGCCAUUUUCAGCAUAUCAGGUAAAUAUUUAACAGGUUGUAAUACAGGCCCCUAAGUAAUGGUACAGAGAGCUAAUCUGUCUUGAAUGUUAAGGAGGGGCAAGAAAGCAUAGACAUAAAAUGAAACACAAUAAUAAAUAAUUAUGAUUUUGUAACAUCACAAUUACUAAUUGCCAUGCUGAACAGAGUACAAUGAAAAUGUGUUAAAUUAUUGGAUGUAUUGUACUUAAUGAUGUAAUAACAGUUACAUGUUAAACUUAAUGUAAGCUUUGUCAUUUUGUUAUGCCUCAGAGUUAAUAACACGAAGUUGAUGCCAGCUUAUUUGAACACUUUUUAAAUUAUCAUUUGAAGGAAAAAAUACUACCGGCUUCUAUUACGAGGGCAAUUUUAAAGUAAAGAUACAAUGCUGCAUGCUCAUUACAAAUUUCUUACUGGUAAAUUAUGUAGUAUUCAUUGUUCAACAGCUGGGUUCAAGAAUGGGUACAUUUACGUAAUAUAUAAAAAAUUAAACUAUGCACUAAAAUGAUUUAUAUGACUGUUUUGUACAAAAUAAUUAUUUAAAUAACAUUAUUAACAUUACUUGAGUUUUUUUAAAUUGUCCCUUAAGCUGGAACAGAGUUCAGUUUGAUGUUCACUCAUUGAAUCUAGCCUAUAUUGUGAUGUGUUGGUUUUGUAUUGUCUCUCUCUGGUAGUUUUAUUUAUUAAAAGAGGCUACAAGAUUUGUUUUAUGUAUUAUUUAUUAAAACAUUUUUUGAAACUUA